AUGAUAAAGUUGUUUAGUGCCACAUGUGUUGUUUUGCUUAAAGUCAAGGUUGAAGGAAAUAGUUCCCAAAGAGGAGAAGCGAAAUGGGCGUAUGAGGAAAUGACCACAUUUGAGUUUGUCCUUAUGUUGCAUUUGAUGAAAGAGAUUAUGUUGAUCACAGAUUUUCUUUGCCAAGCUUUACAGUGUAAGACUCAAGACAUUUUAAAUACCAUGAAUCUUGUUUCAUCUACCAAGGAACUUCUUAGAAAAUUUAGAGUUGAUGGAUGGGAUGCUUUAAAUUUGAAUGUGAUAUUAUUUUGCAAGUCACGAAAUAUUGAUGUGCCUGAUAUGAAUGCUCAUUAUAUUGAGAGAGGUGGUCGAGCUCGCCAUCAACAAGAUAAGUUCACCUUUCAACAUCAUUAUCAAGUAGAAAUUUUUUGUGCUGCGAUAGAUUUUCAAUUGCAAGAGUUAGAUCACCGAUUUAAUGAGGAUGCCAUGGAAUUGCUUAGUUUUGCCUCAGCUUUGGAUCCCCGAGAUGCACAUGAAUUUUUUAGGAUUGAUGAUAUUUGUCAGUUGGUGGAGAAGUAUUAUCCAGAAGACUUCAGCGAUCAUGAAAAAUUAUUGAUAAGAAUGGAGCUUAAACAUUUUGAGCAUAAUGUUGUUCGGCAACCGAAAUUCAAACAAUUGGGGAGUAUUUCUAGGCUAUGUCAAUGGUUGGUUGAGACUAGAAAAUCAGAAACCUUCUUCCUUGUCUACAGAGUGGUGGUACUUGUGCUUACUCUUCCAGUUUCUACUGCAACUACAGAAAGGGCAUUUUCAGCUAUGAAUAUUAUCAAAACGAGGCUUCGCAACAAAAUGGAGGAUGAGUUUCUCAACGAUGCUUUGGUUUUAUUCAUCGAGAAGGAAAUUGUGGCAAAAUUCAGUUCUGACUCAAUCGUCGACGACUUUAAGGAUCUAAAGGAGCGUCGCAUUCCAUUCUGA